AUGAACAAGUUCAUCAUCGCCCUCACCGUGGCUUCCGCAGUCUCUGCUGCCCCUCUGUACAGCAGCGAUGAUUGCCAGGAUGCUUAUAAAAAGUGCGUCGCCGCGGGAACCCCAGAGGUCGCAUGCUCAUGCACUCUGACCGCCUGCGUCGGUGAGGACAGCGCUCGCAUCCGCGAGUGGUGCUCUUCUGCUACUGCAUCCCUCGCUCAGCCAACCAAGACCGAGAUUCCCGGAGGAUGUAAUCCUGCUCAUCCCGGAUCGUGCCCUUCAUCUUACUUCACCAAGUACACUGCCCCAGCUGAGACAUUCACCUCUAUUCCAGGCAUUCCUGGUGGAUGCAACCCGGCCCAUCCUGGUUCAUGCCCUUCUUCAUACUUUACCAAGACCUAUACUGCUCCGGCUCAGACCUUCACCUCUAUUUCUGGUAUUCCCGGAGGCUGCAAUCCUGCUCACCCCGGAUCUUGCCCAUCAAGCUAUUUCACCUAUCCCAUUGCUUCCAAGACUUCGGUGCUACCUGUUCCCGUGCCCGCUCCUACCGAAGACUGCUCUGAGGGCACCAAGACCGAGGCUACCAAGCCUGAGGGUACUGGCUCUGAAGGUACCACUUAUCCCGAGCCUAAGCCUGUUGAAGGCGAGACUUGGACUAUCAAGGAUCUUACUCGCUACUGUGGUGAGGGCAACGAAGGUUGCGAUUACAACUUUGAGAUCGCUGCCGACGGAAAGACUGAGCGCUGCACGAUUAUCCGCAUGCCCGGAAAGGACGCUGCCACUGAGACCUGGUCUAACGAGCCCUGCACUGAUGGCUCUGAGUUUACGGUCUCCUGGGGCUAUGUGACUGAACCAGCCCCUGCUUUUGCUGUUGUUUCCGUUGUCAAGGGCAAGGAUAUUGCCUGGUUUGGUGUUUCUAAUGUUAACGGCCAGGAGGCCACUGCUUCCAACCCCUUUGGCUCCGGAGAGUUCGGUGAUCUUGGACCUGAGCAGGUUUACACUUACUAG